GCACUAGUCAGUAAACCCAUAGAUAGAGUAUCUAUGAUAAAUCGCAGUAAACAAACCCUGAAGAAAAAAUGGCUGGUAAAUACACUGGUUCAAUUGUGCUGCUGAUCUUUGUGUGUGUAUCUACGGGCACGGAAUUCAAGCUCUCCUCUCAGAGGAGUAGGAUACAGUCAGUUUGGAAAGACAGAGCUGAUCAGCCUAAUGUUGUGCACCUGGAGAAAAGUGAAGUCAUGCAGCAGGUUUCAGCCAUACGUGCCAAACGUCAGAGUGGCUUAGAUCCGGCCAUUGAUGGCGACCACUUAUUCAAUGACAUCAACAGAUACGGUCAAAUCUACUAUUCUGGAGUCGACACCAGUUCAGUGAUCAUGGUCCUUACGUACUCCCUAACCAAUUUGUACACAGUCGCUACAUCAAACUUGUACAGGUCAACAAACUAUGGCCGAACCUUUGACCAGAUUGACAGCCAGCUGGACUCGACAGUUUCUAGUGGACCCACACUGUGGUACAACUCCCACUUUGGGAGUAUCACCAAAAAUCUGGUGGUGUUUUCUCAUGCGAAUCAACCGAAGAUAUUUUACUCCACUGACGAGGGAUCCACUUGGAAUUCGCGAACAUUUUCCAUCUCCACGAUUGAUAGCAGGACUUUGAUCUGGAACACACGACACGACCGAUGGGCUCUCGCUCAUGACAUCACAAAUAACAUACUAUACCUGACACAAAAUCUGGGCGAUAGUUGGAUAAAGUUGUCUGAUAAUGUUGAAUUGCCUUUAUUCGACUACCAAUGGGGAAACCCCAAGUAUUUUGAUGCCACUUCAGUAUUCUAUAAUACCUACAACCCAGCCGAUAGGCUACGUGGAAAUUUCACUGUUGGUCUGUAUGUUCAAUCUCAUCCUUACAACAAUCCCAUGGAGGUUGAUCCUAACCUUGGUCGUCAUGACGCCUUUGUGACGGUGGGGCCUUAUAUCUUUGUACAGAAGACAGACAAUAAUGUUGCCAGCCUGUAUACCAGCUACAUCAAAGCUCCCUUUAAGAAAGCAAUGAUUCCAGCCGAAGACCCUCACCAGACCUAUUAUGUAUCUCAUAUUGACGAGCUACAAGCAUUGGUGAUCGUGGAGCAUGAAAGCAAUCAGAAAAACUUGUAUCUCUCGGAUGCUACUGGCGUAUUUUUCUCUCUCUCCCUGCCUGAUCUGGUUUUGGAGAAUGGAAUAUAUGAUUUGGAAUUGAUUCAGGGACUGAAUGGCACCCUAAUAGCCAACCAGUAUGUGAGGGCAGAUCCCAGUCAGCUGGCGGAUACCAAACGCACACUGAUCACUCUGGACAAUGGCGGUAACUGGGAACUAGUCACUCCACCAGACAGGUACCAGAAUAGCACCACUGUCAACUGUAACCCUCCCGAGUGCUCCCUGCACCUGCACAUUAGCACUACAGAGUAUUCCAGACUGGGAGUCUUCUCUCUGGACUCAGCACCCGGACUCAUCAUAGCCCAUGGGACAAUUGGGAACCAGUUGUCUGAUGAUCCAGACCUGUACCUGUCUCGAGAUGGAGGUUUAACUUGGGAGCAGACUUUGGUGGGCAGUUGGGGGGUCAACGUAGCCGACCACGGUGGACUGAUAGUGGCAGCCAGGGACUACCAUCAGCAGUCUUCCACUGACAUCAUGUACACGUGUAAUGAGGGACAGAGUUGGCAAGACUUCACAUUCUCCUCGCAGCCUAUGACAGUUUUCGGUGUCAUCACUGAGCCUGGGGAAUACACCACAACUGUCAGUCUGUAUGGCAUAAAGACAUCCGUCUCCCCACGUGUAUGGGACGUUGUGACGGUCAACUUCACGGCUAGUUUUGAGAGAACCUGCAUCGCAACUGAUUUCUACAUCUGGCAACCUUGGGACGAUCGCACAGACACUGACUGUAUCCUUGGUGCUGAUGUCAGCAUUGAGAGACGGCUGCCCAACACCUGCUGUUUGAUUGGCACAGGCUAUGUGAGGACAGUACUGGUGACCACGUGUGCAUGUACUGAGGAAGACUAUAACUGUGACUAUGGAUUCAAACACUCUGAUGGAUUUGUUGGCCCAUGUAUUCGUGAUCCUGAUGUUGCAUUGGAUGACCCCUGCUUGACUGACGGUGUAGUUAGCUACAUGAAGUCAACCGGUUAUAGAAAGAUCCCUGGUGACAUUUGUGAGAAAGGAGUGGAGGAUACAUUUAAGAAACAGCCAUUUCCAUGCUGCAAAUCUGCACCAUCAACAACUAAAAAUCCCUCCACACAAUUCCCUACGACAACCGAAAAGCCCUCCACGCAAUUUCCUACUACUGAUGAAGCUUCAGAUCCUCUCCGUCAGAAGUAUGUUGUCACGGUCUCUGCUCUAGCUGCCCUGCUGGGUCUUGCUGUGCUGCUCGCCCUUGUUCUGGGUGUACUUGCAGGGGUGUUCGCAAUGAAGCACUCUAAGGCUAAACGUCAAUUCCUGCGAUUGGCUACCUCUGGUGAUGGAAUGGGGAGUGGUGGAAUCUCGUAUGUAAGAGACACAGACAGACAAGUGCUUCUUGGAUCAGGAGCUAAUGAUCAGGAUACCGAUAGUGAGGACGAGGAACCGUUAAAGCUGUGAACCUGCAAGUUACAACUGUCAGACUUCUUCUUAUUUCUGUAAUAAUUCUUAAUAUUGCAUGUGGAUUGUAUAAUUUUUAUGUACUGUAUUGUGAACGAGUAGCUUAACUGACUUCUGUGCUAAAAACUGUUGCAGCAUGUUCAAA